UAAGUGAAUGUAGUGAAACAGAACGCGACGACAAGCGCAACCAUAUAAUUUAACUUUGACAUAGCACUGUAUCGACAAAUCCUCGUCAACCCAGUUAUCUAUAAUUACCAUAUAUGCGAGGUACAUGUCACUUUGCGGCUAACAGGGCCGCAGUUCUGCACGAUGCCACGUUGAGGCCUGGAAAUGGUUUGCAAAAGCCCCCAGCACUUUGGCUGAGAGCGCCCCAGCAUGGACGCAACAGGGCGGCCGCGCACUCUGCGGCCGGGGCGUCGGUGCCCGGCGCCGCCCUUCCUGACGCCGCUGGCCCCGAACGGGCUGCGCGCCUGGAGGCGCCCCUCUCCGCUCGCCUUGCCACCUGCGCCGCCGACCUCGCGUCUGUGCAUGCGCUACUCCUCGAGCAGGCGGGGCGCGCCGGCCUCGAGCCCCCCACAUCCUCCGCCGCUUUCGGAGCCGGCACCACCCGCGCCGUGGGCGCCUGGACCGGCCCCGCUGACGUGGUAGCGGCCUUCUCCGCGCUCGCCGCCGCAUGGCGCUCCAGCCCGCAGGGCCCAGUGGACGCAGCCACCCUGGCGGACGCGUUGCAGCACGCCUACGCGCUGCUGAGGGCUCACCAGGGGGCGCUCUCGCCGCGCGAGACGGCGGCGGUGAUCGUGUCGCUGGGCGCUCUGCGCUCCGCCUCGCCCGAGGUGCUGCGCCAGCUGGCAGAGGCGCUGGGCCGGCCGCCGCCCAGCGCCUCGCCCGCCGCCUCGCCCGCCUCCUCGCCGUCCGCAUCCGGCUAUGCAACGCCUGUAGGCGGUGCGCCCGCGGCCGCGGCAGCGGACCCGGCGGUUACCGGCAAGGCCGCGGCAGGCGCAGCUGCCGCCGCAGGCGCGGCUGCGGUAGGCGCGGCGGCCCAGCACCCGGGGGCGGCUACUCAGCCUGCUGCUGCCGGCACGCCAGGGCUGCUGCGGCUGCCGAGUGCUGAGCUGGCGGAGGUGGUGGGCGCGCUGGCGGCGUUCAACGUGCGGCCGGGCGACGCCUGGCUGGGGCAGUGCAUGGGGCAGCUGCAGCUGGGCCUGACCAGCCUGAGCGGGCCUCAGCUGGUGGCUCUUCUAUGGGGUCUGGUGCAGCUGGGGGUGCGGCCCACCACCCCGUGGCUGGCGCUCUACGAGGAGGCGAUAAGCGCCCGCCUGGACGGCGAGGAGCGGCGGGAGGCACGGGGCGCAGCAGCCCAGGGGGCGGAGCAGCCGCUGCAACCGCAGCAGGAGGAGGGCAUGGGUAGCGAGGAGCUGGUGAGGGUGCUCGGCGCGGUGGCGGAGGUGGGGUUCCAGCCGGGGCCGCGCUGCCGCGAGCUGCUGCUGGCGGCGGCGGGGCGGCGGCUGGCUGGCGGCCAGCUACAGCCGCAUCAGCUGGCAGGGCUCGCGUGGGCGGUGACGCGGCUGCGGUGGCGCGUGGGGCCGGCCUGGGGUGGGCAGUUCGUGGCGUUGUCUGAGGCGCUCAUGCCGCAGCUCAAGCCGGCUGACCUGCCUCCCGUGGUCGCCUUCCUGGCGGCAUACCAACAACAGCAGCAGCAGCAGCAGGCUGUGCUACAGCCGGGCCAGCAGCAGCAGCAGGAGCAGCAGGCGGGGCUGCUACAGCCGAAGCCGCUGCCGGGCUCCUGGACCCGGCGCUGCCUGGAGUCCAGCUUUGCCAGCCUGCCGCAGACCAGCCCGCGUGCGCUGCCGGACCUGCUGCUGCACCUCCAGGCGCUGCAGCCGGCACUGCUGCGCGCUGCUGCCGCGCGCAUCUCUAGCACCCAAAGCAGCAGCAGCGCCGCCCACAGCGGCAGCAGCCAUACGCCUGGUGCGGAUUCGGGUGCGGGUGCGGGUACGGGUGCGGGUGCGGGUGCCGGUGCGGGGGCGGUGGAUGAGGAGCUGGUGGAGCUGGCGGCGGCCUGGCUGCGGCGCUACCUGGCGCAGUGCGGCGACAAGCUGGCGCGCUUCACGGCGGGCGGCCUGGCGCGCAUGAUGCUGGCGGUGGCGCGUGCGGGCGUGCGGCCGGAGGCGGCGUGGCUGGAGGCGACGUGUGCCGCUCUGGCGUCCAAACACGACGUGUUGGCCCCAGAUGACCUUGCGGACGCCGUCAUAGCCCUCGCCACUCUCCGGCGCCACAGCACCGCCACGCCCCCGCCGCCGCCACCGCCGUGUCCGCCCAGCUCCUCCUCUUCAUCUUCCAUCGCAGCCGCCCCCAUCACUGCUUCUGCCUCUCCUUCGUCCGCUGCUGCGACGCCCGCGCCCGGCGCCGGCGCCGGCACCUUGGCCGCUGCUGCGGCCACUGCAGCAGCACGCAGCGCCGCCCGCGCGCGGCAGCGGCUGCUGGCGGUGCUGCUGUCUGGUAGCGCUACCAAGUUGUCACUGCUGCGCAACGAGCAGCUGGUAGGAAUGGCGGCGGCUCUGGCGGAGAUGGACGUGCGGCCACACGCCGGCUGGCUGACGGCGCUUCUGGAGGAGACCCAGAACCGCCUCGCGGCGGCGGCAACGGCAGCAACAGCAGCAACAGCAGCGGCAGCUGGUCCUGCCUCGGAUGCAGCAGCUGCAGACACCGCCGCCACUGGGCCUGUGGCGGCUGGUGCUCGCGGCGAGGCCGGGGAGGCGACGUCCGCCACGUCAACAUCCUCGGCGCCGGCGGCGGUGGCGACGGCGUCACCAGCGCACCUGCCGCCGCGGCUGCUGACGCAGCUGCUUGUGGCCAUUGCCAAGAUGGAUGCGGGGCUACCGCCUGCGGCCUGGCUGCGUGCGUACAUGAAGGCUGUGGAGUCGCAGCUAGGAGCCUACGACUCAGAGGCUCUGGGCGGCCUGGUGUGGGCGCUGGUGGUGUUGGGGCUGCAGGCGCCACCGACCUGGAUGGAAGCGGUGAUGGCGAGGGCGCGUGUGUGCCUGGAGGCCGAGGCGCCAGCAGGCGCCAGCCGCGUCGGCGGCGCCGGCUCAUCCGCGGUGGUCUCGCUGCGCGAGCUGUUGCAGGCGCCGGGGGGUGAUGGCAUGGGGCCCAGUGGAGCAGCCAAUGCGGGUGCGGGUGCGGGUGCGGUGGUGGGCUGGGACGGCUACUCGCGCGCUGCGACGCAGGGGCUGUUGGCUGCCAUUGUGGAGGGGGCCGCAGUCGGGUCUGAUGCCGCGCUGGGCUGGCCCCAGCAGUCACAGCCGCCGCAGAAGCCGCAACCGCGGCAGCAGCGGCCGCAACGGCGCCCGGAGCAGCCUGCAACAGACACACGGCCCGAGGGGGGAGCGUCGGGGCAGGCGGCGCAGCAGCAGGGCCGGCGGCAGGGGGCUGAGGGCCGGCGGCAGGCUUAUGGCUACCUGUCGGGGCCUUACAAGCGGCGCUCUGCCGCCGGCGCGGGGCAGCACAGGCGCCGGGCUGGGGCUGGGGGCGGAGAGGCAGGGGCAGGGGAUGCGGCGGCCCCUGCGGCCGUGCCUUCUUGAAGCGUGGUGGGGCAUCGGAAGGCGGCUGUCAGAGGGUGUUUGUCAAAUGGGACGGCACUGAGGCGACCGACACAGUUCCGCGGCGGCACACGCUGUUGGCUGCGGUACAGAUGCAGUGCCCUGGCGCCGUAGCGAGAGCCAAGCGGCAACUGUACGCCAGUGAUGGAUCUUUAUAUUGUACCCGGGCUGUAGUGAUUCAGUUUAAAGAACUCGU